AUGCAGAGAGUACACGUAAAUUGUGGAGAGACGUAUGCACCGACUGUAGCGGUUUCUAGCGUUAGCUUGUUGGCAGCGAUGGCGUGUGAGCAAAAUCUUUCUCUCCGUCAUUUUGACAUCAAGCAAGCAUUUGUCCAGUCGGAUUUAGAUGAGCAUGUAUUCAUGCGUCUGCCAGAGGGGUGUGGUAGAUUUGUCAGGGACCUCAACACCAUGGUACCUGUGAAGAAUCUUGGGGACUUGAGAUGGUACUCUGGAUGUUUUUAUGAGAGAGAUUGGGAUGCAGGGACUUUGAAGAUCUCGCAGCAGACGUACGCUGAAGAGUUGGGGAUGGAGUUUGGGGUAGAGUACGGGAAGGAAAUUCCUCUUCCUGUAGGGUUGAAGCUUUCAGAGUUUGACCAGGAUGAGGAAGUGGUAUCAUGGCCUUUUCGUGAGCUGAUAGGAUCAUUGAUGUGGCUGGCAACGCAAACGAGGCCAGAUAUCGCGAAUGCAGGUAUGCGGUACGGACUAGUGACUUGGGUAUUACAUUCAGGAGGCGUAGUAGCAGGGUUGAGCAUGGAGGUGUUUGCAGACGCAGACUAUGCAAGUAAGGCUGCCGAUAGGAGGUCUGUGUCAGGGGGAUUGGUGAUGUGUGGGGGGGGAUGUAUUUCUUGGUUUUCAAGGACCCAGAAGUGCGUUAAGUUGAGCACGACAGAGGCGGAGUAUUUCUCUCUUGCGGAUGUGAUGAAGGAAGUGUUGUUUCUGAGGCAGGUGUGGCGUUUCAUGUUACCAGAAGCAGGCAUGCCAUGUAUUCCGGUGUUCGAGGAUAACCAAGGGGCUAUUCAGUUGGCGCAAAACCCGAUAAGCAACAGUAACUCGAAGCACAUCGACGUAAGGCACCACUUUAUCAGGGAACUGGUAGGCAGGAAGGAGAUUUCGAUUUUUCACGUGGAAUCGGCGUAUCAACAUGCUGACUUUCUCACGAAAGCANGA